AUGGGUGUGAUACGCAGCAUGACAGCGGAGGGGAGGGCGGCGGGAGCGAUCCCGAGCGCGCCGCGCGGGCUCCUCCUGCACCUGUUCGCGGGCGGGCCGCGGGAUGGGAGCUUCGCGCACUUUGCCACCGCGCUCGGCUUUGAUGUGAUUGAGAGAGACAUCAUCCUCGACCCCGGCCAUAACCUGGUCGACGAUGGCGUCUUCGCCGAGGUGAUGGAGCUCAUUCAGAGCGGCGCGGUCAAGGCGGUGCUUUUGGGCACGCCGUGCGGCACCUUCUCCGUCCUGCGCAUCCCGCAGCAGGAUGGUCGAGAGGGCCCGCCGCAGCUGCGCGACCGGCUACACCCCAUGGGCAUGCCCGGCGUGCCGCGCCAAAACCUCAACGAGCUGGCGACCGCAAACGUUCUCGUGCGUAGAACCGUGAUCAUCGCUCAGGCCAUCGCCGACGCGGGCGGCGUCUUCAUCAUCGAGAACCCGCCCGACAGAGGCGAUGGCCCGCUCUACCAGGCCAAGUUUGCAUCGCACGCGCCUCUGUGGCUGGUGCCAGAGGUCAUCGAGCUCGCCGACCGCACUGGAGCGAUCAAGAUCACCUUCCCCCAGUGCGCCCUCGGCUCGGACUUUCAGAAGUGGACGACGCUGCUGGUCUCGCCGCAGCUAGUCCCGCAGCUCGUGGACCUCUCGAGGCUCGCGUGCCAGCACCCCGACGGCCACCGUGACGUCGCUGUCGGCGCACGUGCAGCGCGGGCUGCUGCGUACCCUCCGUUGAUGAACCGCAGACUGGCCGAGGCGAUCUCGGACUGCCUCACGUCGCUCGGCGGCGAUGCUGUCGAUUGCCGUCGUAACGAUCUGCGUGGCAGCAAAAGGUCGCGCGACGGGAUGCGCGACGCGCAGCUGUCUCAGCGCGCGCGACAGCGACUGAAGCGGCGGCAGGCCGCAUCCAGUGGUGAGGCAGGCGACGGGCGAGGUCCUGGGUGCAGAACCCGCCCCGACCCUGCCGAUCCACCGGAGCGCGACACUGCUGCCGACACCGAGCUACUGCCAGAGGCCGCGCAGGCGCCCGCCAUGGCGGUCGGGUCUGCCAUGCCCCAUGCGGGGCCGCUCGGCGAGGUGGCGGUCGGCCUGCGGUCGGACGAGGGGUCGGUCGACAUCACACGCCUCGGCGUGCUCGGCAAUCCCUUUCCGAUCCGCCCUCUCGUCGCGAGGGGCAUGGACAACGAGGUGGCGCGCCGCGCAGUGUGCGACGCGCACAGGCUCUACCUGCGGCGCGUCAUGAACAGGCAGGAGGCCGAUCUCGCAGAGAUAGCAGGCACAGUCGGCGCGCCAGCCGACGGUCAGCCUCUCGUCUAUCAACAGCCUCCCGCACCGGAGGCAGUGCGAGGCGAAAUCGACCGUCUUGCAUUCGUCGUUGCCCGAGGUGGUCGCCUCCUCCUCGGCUGCGUGUGCGCACCCGAGCAGUGCCACGGCGACGCCGUGAAGGAGGCUAUCCUCACGGCGGCGAUGGAGAAGCGGAUCUGCGCCGAGCCGCGCGGCCCGCCCGCCUCCGGCUCGCUGCGGAGGCUGGUUCCCGAGCAGGAGGACGUUCUCCGAGGUAAGCUGCUGCCCGUCGCCAACGAGCCGCCAUCGACCGACCCCGUCGAGCCGCCCGCCGAAGAUCGGACUCCGCCGGCCCCGCUGCGCACAGCGGAGCUCAUCCCUGGGCCAGUCAUACGGCGGCUGCGGCGGUUCCGCCGGGACGUACGCAAGUGCCUGCGGCUGGCGGCCAAAGGCGAGUGGAAGCGAGCGAGGGGCGCUCGACCCGAGGCCAUCUACCUCAGCGAGGAGGAGGCGAUCCUUCCGGCGGGCCGAGGCUGGACCUGGCGCCACGAUCCCGACGCCGACCUGUGGCACCCGAUCUCGCCCUCCGCGUGGCCCUCCUCCGAGCCCGUCGGCGAGCUCGACCGCGCCGCCGUCGCCGAGCUCGCCACCGAUUACCCGGACCAGGAGAUCGUCUCGUACAUGUUGCACGGAUACCCGGGCCCGCGCAUCUCGCCGAGAUGCCUGCUCGGCCAGCCGCACGUCGGCGCGCUCAAGGAGCACGCCGGCUUUGCCAAAUGCGCGGCCAAGGACCGCGCCAAGGGCUGGGUCGAGGCUGGCAGAGAGCUUCCUCCCGUCUGGCCUUACUGCGCCGACCCCUUCAACGUUGUCGAGCGUUAUGGCAAGUACCGCAUGACCAUCGACAAGACGAUGACGCUAGUCCCCGGUGUGACCUCGUACAAUGACUCGGUCGACCUCGACUCGAUCGACCCAGUCGAGUACGCCACCAUCGGGGACCUUGCCGAGGCGUCCGCGAUACUCGCGACCGCCGGAGUGCCCAUCGCGCUCUGGGGCUUCGACCUGGAGGCGUACUUCCGUAAGACCGGCAAGCAGCGGCGCGACGUUUGGAUGUCCGGCUUCGUCCACGAGGACGGCUUCGGACUCGACGAGCGGAUCCAGUUCGGGCAGCGCGAGGCUCCAGUCCUCAUGUCCCGACAGAGCUGCUAUCUCGUCUGGGCGAUACGUCGCGAGAUCGAGCGGCUCGAGGCCAAGUACCCGCCGAGGGACCCCGUGGUCAGGCGCUGGCUCGAGGCGCGGCGUCGGCUCGCUGCCGGCGCCGCGGCGUACCGCGGGGCCGCUCUCUCCUUCAUCCUCAUGUACGUCGACGACCUGGGCGGCGUCUGCGUUGAUGACGACGUCGAGGUUGACGGAGUCGUGUGGCGGCGCAGCCAGCUUUACUACGAGGCCGCCAAGGCUGUGGUCGAGCAGCUCGGCCACUCCAUGGCCGACGACAAGCUCAGCCCACCUUCGCGCGAGGGCAUGGAGUUUCUCGGCGCGUACCUGCGGAUCCUAGAUCAGCGCGUCCUGCCCGCCGAGGGCAAGUGCGAGAGGUACGCCGCGGCGACUCGCGCCGUCCUCGAUGUGGAGCCGUCCGGAGGCGUCGUGGUCGUGCCGAAGGAGGCGCUGAACUCGCUCACGCACAAGCUGCUGCACGCGGCCUCGUUCAUCCCGCUCGGUCGGCAGCAUCUGUAUCACGUGCGUCGCGCCCUCAAGGCUGAGAACAGGCUCGCCGGCGCGAGGGCGACGCUCGGCAGGGCCGCGCUCGCCGAGCUGCGGUGGCAGCUCGCUCAGCUGGAGCUCCAGGAGCCCGUCGGGGUACCGUUUGCCACGCGGAGCCGCUUCCCGGCGGCGGGAUCAGCCGGAGUGCUGACGCCCUACUCGGACGCCUCGAAGGAGGAGGACUCCUCCGAGAGCGGCUUCGGCGCGUGGUGCGUCAUCGACGGCACUUUCGUGUACGUCGAGGGUCGCUGGACGCCGGAAGAGUGCAAGCAGCACUCGAUCAACGUCCUCGAGCUCGCGGCGAUGAACAUCGGCACGUUCGCCUUCCUCGACUACGCCGAGGGGCGCGGCUUUGACGUGCAAUACGUGCACGAGUUCGUCGACAACGAAGCCGCCGAGUUCGUCGCUGACCGCGGCAAGCCGCGGGCGCCCGCGAUGGAGGACCUGCUCGGGAGACGUUACGAAGCCUUUUGGGAUCGUGGCAUCUUCGCCGCCGCCUCGCGCAUCGCCUCCGUCGAUAACGACAUCGCUGAUGGCCUGUCGAGGGGCGGCGAGAGGCUCGAAGACGCGCUGCGGAUCGCCGCCGCGUCGGGCAUGCCGACUCUCAAGCUCGAGCCGCAGCCGCGGUGGCGACAGCUGUCGUGA